AAUCACCUCUUUCAAAAAAAUAAAAAAUAAUUCAAUGACAGCCUUGAAUUACAACCCGGUUUGAAGUCGCUAAAAAUACAGAUAACGCUAAAUUGUGGAUUGUACAGAAUUUCCGUUACUGUAGCUAGCUGUCUUUGCAGGAUGAAGUGAGCACGGUAUUGUUGGAUUGAGAGGAACAUCUUCUCUGUGUCCGGUCCUAAGAAAUGGAGACUCUAAUUCCCAUCAUCAAUCGGCUCCAGGAAGUCUUCCUGACAGUGGGGGCAGAGAUCAUCCAGCUGCCUCAGAUAGUAGUGGUUGGCUCACAGAGCAGCGGCAAGAGUUCUGUGUUGGAGAGCCUGGUUGGGAGGGAUUUUCUGCCUCGGGGAUCAGGCAUAGUCACACGGCGACCCCUAGUGUUGCAGCUGGUGAAUGUGCCUCCAUUGGCAGAGAGGAGACUGCAAGAAAAUGGAAAUGGGGUAAAACAAAAUGCAAACAGCUACCCAGGGAUCAAGGCUGAUGAAUGGGGCACGUUCCUUCAUAGCAAGAACCAGAUUUUCACAGAUUUCUUGGAGAUUCGCAAGGAGAUUGAAGAAGAGACUGAGCGUAGCUCAGGAGGCAACAAGGGAAUCAGCCCUGAGCCCAUCUAUUUGAAGAUUUUCUCUCCUCAUGUCCUCAAUCUCACACUGGUUGAUUUGCCAGGAAUAACCAAGGUUCCGGUUGGAGAUCAGCCAGAGGACAUAGAAGCUCAAGUCCAAGAGAUGAUCCUAUCCUUCAUCUCCAACCCCAACUCCCUUAUCCUCUCAGUGUCUCCUGCCAACUCCGACUUGGCCACCUCUGAUGCCCUCAAACUGGCCCGCGAGGUCGACCAGGAUGGCCGUAGAACACUGCUGGUGGUCAGUAAGCUGGACCUGAUGGACGCAGGGACAGAUGCUCUGGAGGUCUUGCUGGGCCGGGUCAUUCCAGUGCGGCUCGGAAUUGUGGGAGUGGUCAACAGGAGCCAGCAUGACAUCAACACGCAGAAGAGCAUAGAGGACACGUCACGGGACGAGCAGGCCUUCCUCCAGCGCCACUACCCGUCUCUGGCCUCCCGCUGCGGCUCCCGCUACCUGGCUCGCACCCUGAGCCGCCUGCUCAUGCACCACAUCAGGGACUGCUUGCCGGAGCUGAAGAGGCGUGUGACGGUGUUGAGUGCCCAGUACCAGGCCCGGCUCAGCAGCUACGGCCAGCCUGUAGAGGACCACAGCUCCACCCUGCUACAGAUCGUCACCAAGUUCGCCAGCGACUAUUGCAACACCAUCGAGGGCACCGCCACGCACAUCCAGACAUCUGAACUCUGCGGGGGGGCUCGGAUCUGCUACAUAUUCCAUGAGACCUUUGGCCGCACUCUUCAGUCUAUUGACCCCCUGGGGGGCUUGACAGAGCUCGACAUCCUCACUGCAAUCCGCAAUGCUACGGGUCCGCGGCCGGCCCUCUUUGUACCUGAGAUUUCCUUUGAGCUGCUGGUGAAGAGGCAGAUCAAGCGUCUGGAGGAGCCCAGUCUGCGCUGUGUGGAGCUGGUCCACGAGGAGCUGCAGAGGAUCAUCCAGCAUUGCUCCUCCUACAGCACGCAGGAGCUCCUUCGGUUUCCCAAGCUGCACGACUCCAUUGUGGAGGUGGUGACUAGUUUACUCAGGAAGCGCUUGCCAAUUACUAAUGACAUGGUCCACAACUUGGUUCAAAUUGAGCUUGCUUACAUCAACACAAAGCACCCAGACUUUACCGAUGCUGCUCAGGUCUCAGCAUCUGUCAACAGUCAACAGGGCCUGCAGGAUGGAGAUAAAUGCUGGAUGAAUGAGAAGGUGGCUGAGGAGAAGGUACCAGUGACAGGUUUCAGCAGCCCUGUUAAGGGCCAGGCCAUCAACCUCCUGGACACAGCGGUGCCGGUGUCCCGAAAGCUGAGUGCCCGCGAGCAAAGAGACUGUGAGGUCAUUCAACGCCUCAUCAAAUGCUACUUCCUAAUUGUCCGCAAGAGCAUUCAGGACAGUGUUCCCAAGACGGUGAUGCACUUCCUGGUGAACUUUGUGAAGGAGCGUCUGCAGAGUGAGCUGGUGGGCCAGCUGUACAAACAGAACCUGCUGCAGGGGCUGCUCAUCGAGUCCCAAGACACAGCACAACAGAGGACAGAGGUGGCCCAGAUGCUGGAGGCUCUCCAAAAAGCCAGCAACAUCAUCUCAGAGAUCCGGGAGACACACCUGUGGUAGCCCAAUGCAACUGUGUGUGUGUGUGUGUGUGUGUGUGUGUGUGUGUGUGUGUGUGUGUGUGGUAAUGUAUGGCAAUACCACUGAGCUCACACUGUCCAUUAAACAUCCAGCCGUCCUUUUUGUCUGUCCAGGAUUUGGACUAUUGUGUCUCAUUGUGAAUAUAGUGAUGAGACCAACACACUCAGGCAGAGCUGGUCCAUGUGAUGAGAUGUCUUUAAUGUGAAAGAGAACCAUGAUCAAAAACAAUUUUGGUUUUGUUGCAACAAUCGUCUGUCUAAAUGUCUGGUCUUUUGGUUGUCAAUGUGUUGUUUAUCAUGUGGAGUAUUACGUUGUUUUCCUGAGUCUUUCUUGCAUCUGAUCAUGACAUGGUUGUGCUGCAGCGUUUGUUUCCAUUGAUUAGGUAUCUAUUUGUGAAAGGGUGAUCUCAAACCAUGACUGCUUGAUAUGCAUGUAACAGUUUCUGAACAUAUGUAGAGUAAGUGUAAUCAGUCAGUAUCAGGUUUCCCCUUGUUUUAAGCAACGUUCUGUAAAGUUGAACAGAGGGUGACAACUCAACCCGAGGUUGAACAGUGGGCUGUCUGCAAUGUAAUGUUGAAAUAUGAUCCUGGUCUUCGGGGAUGCUGUAGAGGUUUGGUUUGACCUGGUCUGUAGUGCAACUGAGUACAGUAGUUGUACCCUAGAGCAGACGUAUGUUCUUUACGUGUGUCGCAUUUAUGUAUCGUUCCAGGUGUACGGUUGCACUGUUUGUGCAUAUUUAGUCCUAUAACAAAGUUGUACGUUCACAACAGAAUACAGUGUUCCUUUUCUCCGUAUGAAGUUUCUAGUCAGACUCUUAAUUCGCAUGUUGUUGGAUAACUGAAACCACAUUUAUGAAUAGCACCCACAAAGAGUUGAAUAGGUGUGUGUGUGUGUGUGUGUGUGUGUGUGUGUGUGUGUGUGUGUGUGUAUAUAGAUAUUGUAUAGCUAGCUUGUCAGGAGUUGCAGAAUAGUAGGUGGAGUCCAGCAAUGAUUUGAGGGCCAGGGGUAUAGCGAUUCAUUGUAGAAAUCUACUUGGCCAAAGGAAAGUUAAAAUAAUUUUCAAAAUCUCAGAAUGCAUUGAAAUAUUGUACCCCAGUCACCCCCCCUUUAAAUUAACCCAUGUUUGCAGUGUGCCUCAGAGAGAGAGGGGGCUGUUGCUGGGGUGCCACCUCUUCUGAAGACUAUCCCUAGGCCUGCUUCUACCCAGGGAUGUUGGAGGUGACAGGGAUGUUGGAGGUGUAAGAGACUAACAUUGUUUCUGAUUUGAACUUGUGCAUGCAGCUGUAAUUAUCCUCAUUUUGUUGAUGUAGAUCCCCAAGGGAAGUGUGCCCUGCAGCCUUUUAUUUGGGAUUUAGUACCAAUUGUGUGACUUUAGUGUAUCUUUCAUUUAGAAUUAGAUUCUAAAGUUUCUCAAAUAAUUUAUAGUGUAAGUGUGCAUCGGUUUUUGUAUGUCAUGGAAAUGUUCACAAAGGAUGAUGAGCAUUAUUCAGAAAGACUAGCCUUAAAGGAACAGGUACCAAGCACCAUCUAGCAGAAACACUGACUUCUAUGUGAUCAAGGAGAGCACGGUGUCUAGUCUGUCUUUCUGAAAGGACAGUGUGUGUGUGUGUAAGUUUUUCAAUCUGAAUGAGACUGUGUUUUCUAUUAUUUAAAUGUAUAUCUUACAUCUUUACAAACUGCCUGGAAGUGCUUGACUGCCAAUAUUUGUUAUACAUGUAAAUUGAUAGAAUAAUAUCUGUUCAGAUGGGAGGGACUCAUUAAACUCUUAACAACAACA